AUGAAGAUCGAAUCAUCGAUAUUAAAAACGGCAGCUAUAUUCACUAGUUCAAUAAGUAAAUCCCAUCCUGUUUUUCGAGAAGCCAAGAAAAUUCUUGAGCAUAAUCGAAAUAAAGAGAGGCGCAGAGAAGAAAGGGAGUUGAAAUCGCGUCAAGAACGGAUUAGACAAGCACAGGAAGCACGAAAACGGGAAGAAGAGGAGAAAAAGCAUGCUGAUUGCGCAGGAGGAAGCUUCGGUAGCUUUGGUAUGCCAAAUAUGCCAAAAGGAUUCGAAAAAAUUUUCCAAGACUCGGAGGUUAUGAGUCUCUUACAAGAUGAAGGCGUCCUUGCAGCCUACAUGGAUAUUAUCAAUAACCCGGCUAACAUUGCGAAACAUAUGUCAAAUCCAAAAGUGAUGAAAUUAUUCAGCAAAAUUGGUAAUGCCACUGGUGGCUUCAGCAUGGGCGGUGGAAAUCCAGAGAUGAAAGAAACAGCGGCAAACGGUGGGACCACAACAAACACGACACCAUCAAACAAGGCCCCUGAACCGGAUCUCGAUUGA